GACUCACUUGACUCGACUGACAAAUACCACAACAUUUCAAAGCGUUCCAAAAUCUUUAUUUUAUAUAAUUUAAUUUGAAAAAUGGUUUUUAAAUUGUAUUUUAUAAACUCUCAUCAUGUGUGAAGUUGUUGCAGAAAGUAUGGCUUCACUUCAAGAACAAUUGGCGGUUGCUAGGAGUGAAAUCAGUAAUCUAAGGCAACAACUCAAAUCAUUGACAUUUUCAAGUCAGAAAGAAUUGAAGCGCAUUGAAAGUUUGUUAACUUCAUGGAAAUGUGGCAAUUGUCAAGGAGCAAGUCAUAGCAAUUCAAGUAAUCAGGCAAGCUCGAACGAUGAACAAAAUGAGACUGAAAGUCAUAAUAUAGAACUUCAACCUAUUGGAGUAAUAAGCUCUGAUUUCUCUCAAAAAAGAGCUGUUCCUAGACAGUCAGUAAUCUGCGUUCAAAUGCAAGGAAAAGUGACUAUCAACAACACAGUUUUCACUAACCCCGAACAUUCACUGGAAGGUCUUGAUGGAUUUUCGCAUAUGUGGAUUCUCUAUCAUUUUCAUAGAAAUGAUUCGAAUCAUGUGAAAGCGAAAGUGUCGCCACCGCGCCUUGACGGCGCCCGCACAGGGGUGUUCAGCACUAGGUCCCCCCAUCGGCCCUGUCCAAUUGGUCUGUCCUUAGUCCAUAUCAACCGUAUUCAAGGACGGUGUAUCUAUUUCUCGGGGGUCGAUAUGGUUGACGGUACACCAGUCUUGGACCUGAAGCCUUACAUCCCCUACUACGACAACCCGAUUUAUCUGAUGAGAACCAGUGCAACUAAUGCAGGUGCUGCAUUGGUGGAGUCUCCACCCCCUCCCGACCAAGGGGUGAGGGAGGCGCCCGACGGAGAGGAAUGUGAAGAGGCGUCGCCCUUACCUCUCAACACGGACACACCUUCUCCUCCUCAUGUUGUGCGAGUACCUUCGUGGAUAACCGAUCCGCCCGUUUCACAACUGAAUGUCACAUUCAGCGAGCAGGCAGAGGAGAAACUCAACUGCACAACACGAGAGAUAGUCGCCAGCAUCUUACGCGAAGAUCCACGUUCAGUGUAUUUGAGGGAGCGCUACGGUAACCAAUUUUACACAUUUCUCAUUCAGGAUCUCCACGUGAGCUGUAAGUUCGACAAUGCCUUGCAUUCAGUUAACGUCUAUAGGAUAGCGGAAGCCGAUAGAAAGUGCUCCUGUGGUGUAUUGGAGUGGCAGUGCAACGAACAUAAUAGUCUAGUAUAAAGUUCGAAUUGAUUCAUUUCCAAACGAACAUGUGAUAAUCAUAUCAUUCCUAGCUUACAGACUACUUUUUCAUCAUGAAAACCAUUCAUUUAUCCAUUAAAGGUGCAUUUUCGUUUGUGCGUAAACUUCCGCAAUCGACGGCGGCAAGCAGUGUUGACAUUCAUAUUGUCCAAAUUUCAAGUGUGCUAAAACAGCUGAUCAAAUAACUCUUCAUUAUUUGUGUUUAUUAUUCAAGAAUCAAAACAUGUCUAAUAAUAUCAAAAUAAUGCCAUUUAAAAGUAUAAACUCAACUUCCCCAAUUAAAACAUAAUUGAACAUAAUCUUUUAGGUUAUUUAGACAAAUUGAAAUCUACCCAAUCUGAGAUACUCAUCCUGUCGUGGUCGACGACGGCAUUUACGCACAAACGAAAACCCAUCUUUAGGAAUGUGUUGGAGUCUGCUUACCAAGACUAUUCAGUGGAUUCAAGUGAUGGAACUUGUUUGUGAGGGUAAAAUUCUCAACCUAAGUACACUGGUAUUCAUGACCGUUACUCUUUUUGCACUUUUGAUACCUUUAGUAGCCUUGCUAUUAUUUAAUAAUUUUGUACUGGUUAUCUAGCUUAUACUCGUACUAAAAGGUGAUGAUGAAUAAUUUUUUCAUCUAAAAACGUUUUAGACGACUUUUUUUGUUGGGUGACAUUUACUAUAAAAUUGACUUUUAGAUAGAUUGACACCUGAAAUCUUCAGUAACUUUUAAUUCUUAAUUAAAUGAUACGGGUUCUACUUGGUACAUCAAGAAAACGUUCAUGAAUACUACUGCCUUAAUGUGAAUUGAAUCUGUGUUAACAGGGAAGGCUUUCUAUGAGAAAGUUGAAAACAAUUCACAGACAGUUGUAAUUUCAACUCAUUAUUCCAUCAUAUCCACUGGAUCGACCUGUUUAAAGUACUAGGUGAUAGAUGACCAAUCUUGAAAACAUUAGCUCAUUGAAUCUUAUAACCUUAUGAAGGAUAGGUACUUUAAUUAGCCUACUGGAAAGGUUUCAAUAAUAAAUGUUUUGUAUGAUUAUAACUUCUCUUCUACGUUUGGCCAAAAUAUUUCCAAGUUUAGCCAAAAUACUUCUCAUAUAUCUCAUUAGAAACCCUCUUUUUUGCAAUACACAUGUAUAUAAUUGUCCGUGAGUAAUUCAUCUUUGAAAAAUCAUUUAAUCGGUCCAUCAGAGUCAAGUCAAAUGAAGCUUUAUUAAA